CGUAGGCAGACGUACGUAGUACCGCUACGCCGGCCGCUACGAACUUGCGUGCGCUACGAAUAAAUGCUUCCAAAUAAUAUGAAAUAGAGUGAACUUUUAUUUAUCGUUCACGCAAUGAAGUGAACUUUUAAUUUAUUUUCGUUGAUUUGUGCGAUGUGACUAUAAUGAUGUUGUUGGGAAAACUUUUGUUCUAUAUACACUUUGGACUUGUCUUCCAUGUUGCUAUUUGUUUCAAGGAUACCGGAGAAGUGCCACGUUUUGAGGACAGUUUAAACAAUUUAACUGUAUCCUUGGGACGAGAAGCUGUGUUCACCUGCGUCGUCAAUGAUCUCGGCUCCUAUAGAGUGGCGUGGCUACGCGUGGACACGCAGACGAUCCUGACGAUCGCGACCCAUGUCAUCACCAAGAACCACCGCAUCGCCGUCAACCACAGCGACCGGCGAGUGUGGUUCCUCCACAUACACGACGUGCGCCAGUCCGACCGCGGCUGGUAUAUGUGCCAGCUCAAUACAGACCCCAUGAAGAGCCAGACUGCCUAUCUGGACGUAGUUGUGCCACCAGAUAUCCUGGACUACCCAACCAGUAGUGACCAGGUGGCACGGGAAGGUGCCAACGUGUCGCUAAGGUGCGCGGCCCACGGCGUGCCCACCCCCACCGUGGUGUGGAGAAAAGAGGCUGGGGAUCUGCUGCCCACGGCAAACUUCACCGAUACGCACAAUUCGUCGGUGAACGGCGCAGUGCUGCACCUGACAAAGGUGUCGCGGCUGCACAUGGGCGCGUACCUGUGCAUCGCCAGCAACGGCGUGCCACCCUCAGUCAGCAAACGGGUCAUGCUCGUUGUCCAUUUUCCGCCGAUUAUGACAAUACAAAACCAGUUGGUGGGGGCGAAGGAGGGUGACACUGUAUAUUUAGACUGUCACUCCGAAGCCUUUCCUAGAUCAAUAAACUAUUGGACUAUUAAUGACCAAAUUAUAUCUCAGACUGAUAAAAGAUUUGAAGUAGCGUCGGUGGAGAAAGGCUACGAGGUAGACAUGAGGUUAAAGAUUAGAAAAGUAGGAAGGACAACGUUCGGCACGUACAGUUGCAUAUCAAAAAACUCCCUCGGUGAUACGGAUGGGACGAUCAAAUUAUACUCUCUCUCUGGGAAGUUCGAGGAGAUGCAGUAUAACGAGGUUGGGGACUUUGAGGAGACGCCCGACGUCAGCGAGCUCGAGGCUCUCAAGCGCAGCGGCGCGCGCGCCCUCGCGCCGAUGCUCACCCCGAUACUAUACUUUACGAUACUAUAACUUCUUUGUACAUACAAAAUAUAUUGUUACAAUAAAACUUUUUGGUGUCGUUUCAA